AUGGCAAAACUUUUAUUUUUAUGGGUUUUCAUGGUGCCUUGUCUUUGCCAACCCCACUUAGUAACAGAAAGUCCUGAAAAAAAUGGUGUCCAAAAUCCUAAGUGUACUUAUACCUUUGUUGUACCACAACAGAAGAUGGCUGGGGCUGUCUGUGUCAGCACAGCAAGGUUCCCCGUGACAUUUGGUGUGAACCAAAGUGAGGUGCAGGAGUUGAGGAAGGAACUGAGCCGUCAAAAGUUUGAAAUUGAGGAGCUGAAAAUAUUAGUGGAAGCUGACCAAAACAUGGCCAAAGAUGUGGAGCAUCUUCGCAAAGAGAGCUUAAAUAUGGCCUCCCGGCUUAACCAUCUAAACACACAGCUCCUCCAUGAAUUACUCCAGAGUAAAAAUAGGACAAGAGACAUUUUCCACGUGGAGGAUAGAGGAGUUAAUAAUACUGCUGAGGUGCUCAAGCUGGCUUCCAAUUACAGAGACCUACAAGAAAAAUAUGAAAUUCUGUCGAAUUUAAUCAACAACCAAAGUCUGACCAUUAAAACACUUGAAGAGCAGUGUGUUCAGAAUAUUGUUCGUCGUCACAUUGACCACAAUUCCGGUCAUCAUUCAUCAGCUGGUGUGAACUCCAAUCUUCCUCCCACUGCUAUAAAAAUCCAGAGCAAUGAAAGUCAAGGUAACCAUGCAAAGAGUACACCAGAGAAGAAAGGACUGCAGGUAGCCCAACCUGUGACUAGAAUUACUACUGAAAUACCAGCCUUUGUGUCAACAGAGCCACCCAAGUCAUCAGCAGGACCAUGGGUGAACUGUUUUGAUGCCUUCAUGGGAGGCCAUAAAUCCAAUGGAAUCUAUCUCUUAAAACCACAUGGCGGGAACCAGGUGAUGCAGGCUUGGUGUGAACAGGAGCUGACUGGAGGAGGCUGGACGGUCAUCCAACGACGUCAGGAUGGAUCCAUCAAUUUCUUUACCACUUGGCACAACUACAAGGAAGGCUUCGGUAACUUAGACAGUGAAUAUUGGCUAGGUUUGGAGAAUAUUUACAAGUUAACCAACCAAGGUAGCUACAAACUUCUAAUCAUCAUGGAGGACUGGCAGGGUCGAAUUGCUAGUGCUGAGUAUGAUUAUUUCCGGUUGGAGUCAGAAACGGACUACUACAGGUUGCGGCUAGGACAGUACCGUGGCAAUGCUGGGGACUCUUUAUCAUGGCACAACGACAAGCAGUUCAGUACACUGGACCGAGAUAGAGACUCAUACAUAGGUAACUGUGCUCACUUCCAGAAAGGAGGCUGGUGGUACAAUAUGUGUGCACACUCAAACCUCAAUGGGAUUUGGUACAAGGGUGGCCAUUACCGAAGUCGCUAUCAGGAUGGGGUGUACUGGGCUGAAUUCCGUGGUGGUGCCUAUUCCCUAAAGAAAGUGUCCAUGAUGGUUAAACCUAAUAAAUAG